UUUUUUUCCAUUUAUUUAAAAUAUCACAAAUUCCUAACCACGUGAAUCAUGGCAUAUACUUCCCCUUCGAUUAUCAUCAUUUUUUGUAGUAGUUGAAAAUCAUUGAGCCUCUAUAAAUGCUGCUCCCUUCUCUCCCCAACUUUGCUCACUCUCACCCCUCUCUCUCUCUCUCUCUCUCUCUAGAAUUAAGAUGAAAUUUGUAAGGUUUGUUGUGUUGUUAGUUGGUUUGAGUUUGUUGGUAGUGAACGAAGCUGCAAUCCCUACAAAAACACUGAUACAGAUCAAUAAGGCCAACAGAAAUGGGCCUUAUUUAGGAUUGGUAAUUCCAAACCAGUUUGAGCUCAAUCCUCUUCUUCAACACCCUAGCUAUGUACCCUCUAAUCUCACCAUCGACGUCUCAGGAAGGAGAUUUAGAUUUGGAACUGUUGCUGGAGAAAAGGCCAUAUUGGUUAUGACCGGACUGGCUAUGGUAAAUUCAGGCAUCACCACACAACUUCUGGUGACAUUGUUCAAUCUGAAAGGAGUUAUACAUUAUGGGAUUGCUGGAAAUGCAGAUCCAUCUCUCCACAUUGGAGAUGUUGCUAUUCCUCAAUAUUGGUCCCAUUCAGCUCUUUGGAAUUGGCAGAGGUAUGGAGAUGGACCAGAGAAUUCACUAGCACUUGAAGGUGGUGGUGACUACACAAGAGAAAUUGGUUUCAUCAAAUUUGCAAAUUAUUCAACAAAAGCAAGUGACAAUAUUUUGAAUAAUGUGUGGUAUCAACCUGAGGAAAUUUUCCCUAUUGAUGGAACUCCUGAGGAGAGAGAGCAUGUUUUUUGGGUCCCUGUGGAUCCUCAUUAUUACAGUCUCGCCCAAAAAUUAGAGGAGUCGAUGACGCUAGAAAACUGUCUGAAUGCAACACUAUGCCUAACAUACGCUCCGAAAAUCACUCGAGUAGCGCGAGGUACAAGUGCCAGCAUCUACGUGGACAAUGCUGCCUAUAGAAGUUUUAUCUUCGAUAAAUUCCAAGUGAGCCCCGUUGAGAUGGAGAGCGCCGCCGUGGCCUUGAUCUGCCACCAGCAGAGGAUCCCUUUCAUCACUUUCCGGGCCCUCUCCGACCUCGCCGGAGGCGGCACCGAGGAGUCCAACGAGGCCGACACCUUCACUCCGCUCGCCGCCACCAAUUCCGUCGCGGUGGUCGUUGAGUUCAUCAAGAUAUUGCAAGCUAGCACGGUCGAAAAUCAAUGAAUUAGUCUCGAGAGUUUCAUGCAUCUCCAUUAAGGAACCCAUUUAUCAUGUUGUAUUUGUAUGAGACAUGAGACCAUCUCUUGUACUAUUUAAGAAUUUUAAAUAAAUCUGAGGGUUUUUUUUUUAAAAAAAA